CCUAACAUGGGAAACACGCUGCAAAAGCUCCCACAAAACCAAAAAGCUGAAAUAUCCGAACCACCAAGCCAACAAGAUGAAAUAUCCGAAUCACAAGAGCCUGAUUCAGACUUCACAUGUGAGAUCUGCAUCGAAAUUGUCAGUGCAAACAACAAGUUCAAGAACAGAAGCAUGUGCAAGCAUGAUUUCUGCUCCGACUGCAUAGCUAAAUAUAUUGAAGCGAAGGUGCUGGAAUACAAUAUCGCCAAUAUCAGCUGCCCCGCCCUUGACUGCGAGUUUUCACUGGACCCGAUUUCUUGCAGACCUGUCAUCUCAAACCAUCUCUUCAACAAAUGGUGCGAUCUUCUCUGCAGUGCAACUGUUUUAGAGUACUACUCUGACAGGUCCGUUUACUGUCCCUAUAGAGAUUGCUCAGCUUUGAUCGUGAACGAGUGCAACGAUAAGGUAGACAGGUCUACCUGUCCGAACUGCAAGAAGAAGUUUUGUUUUCGAUGCAAGAGUCCAUGGCAUGCGGGUUAUGGAUGUAGGGAGAAGAGAACGUUCAGAGAUAAGAACGAUGUUCUAGCUGGACAGUUGAUAGAAAAAAUGAAGUGGACUAGGUGCCCUAAGUGUGGAAAUGCUGUGGAGCGAAAGGGUGGCUGUAUGUUAAUAGACUGCAGAUGUGGGAAUUUGUUUUGCCAUGCAUGCGGAAAAGAAAUCAACCGUAGUCCACCAACAAUUUUUUUCACUGGCGUUCGACAAGCUUGCUGCACCCAAGUGCGUCGAUUCGAACUUCUCUUUUUAACAUUUCGUUUAAUUGUAAUAUCGGUACUGUUUUUAAGUUUUAUAAUUUUAAUCGUUCGAAUUUCUUAAAUUAUGUCUUCUGUUUUUAACUAUUUUAGGAGUAUAUAUAGAAUGUG